AUGUACGGCUGUGAAUGGGACGAUGAAACUGGGAACGUCAACGGCUUCAGUCAGUUUGGCUUCGAUGGAGAGGAUUUUAUUGUCUUUAAUCUAGAGACUGAGACGUGGAUCGCACCGAGGGCAGAAGCCAUGUUCACAAAGAUGAAAUGGGACAGGGACGAGCUGAAGAUCCAAGCCGAUAAAAAGUAUCUGACUCAAAUUUGUGUUGAAUGGAUAAAAAAGUACCUUAAUGAUGGAAAAGAACAGCUUUUAAAAACAGGACUCGAGCUGCAGCGUUUUGAAUUUACAGAAGCUGCAGUCCUCCCGUCCAUCUCUCUGCUGCAGAAGUCCUCGUCGUCCCCCGUCACCUGCCACGCCACUGGUUUCUUCCCCGGCCAAGCCUCUAUCUUCUGGACUAAAGAUGGAGACAUUUACUACGAGGGCGUGGACUUUGGGGAGACCCUGCCCAACAACGACGAGACCUUCCAGACCAGUGUGGAGCUGGACGUGUCCUCUGUCCCAUCGGAAGACUGGGGCCGCUACAACUGUGUGUUCAGGCUCUCUGGAUACAAAGACGAGAUCAUCACACGACUGGACAAAGCCGCGAUCAGGACCAACGAGAAGCCCACCUCUUCUCUGAUCGUCACUGUUGUUGUGCUCGGUGUCUUUGCCGCUGUCGCUGCUGCUGCUGUGGGGUUUUUCAUCUACAAGAAGAAGAACGCCAAGCGCCCUCCAACCCCUGUGAGCGAUAGAGAAGUCGAAGAGGAGCUGAAUCCAAAGUCUUAA